GUCGCACAGAUAUCUGGACACCAACUGGGUGCUACUAGCAAAGCUACAACAGUUCGAAAUCAACCGCGUUUUCACGGCAAGAAACAUGUCUGGAGUCGUGCGCCGUGAUAUUUCACCGAUGCUGCAAAAGCUGCGUAAUUUCCUGCUCGGUCGACAACACACAAAUGCGCUCCGCUUUGAGGAUGGUAUUGCUGCCAGGACUCAGCCACCGCCGAAUCUACCCGAUGGACCUGCUCAUAAGCUGUCGGCAAAUCACUACGUGAUCCGUGAUGCUCGUCGCGAAGUAGCUCCACCGAUUGAUUUGUCCACGCAAAAGCUACUGGCGGAAAAGGGAGCGGCCGCGAGUCUACCAACACCCGGCAAAUCGUACGGCUGGGACAAACAUUAACCGUUUGGCUCGGCUGUUGGUGAAACAAUGGAAGUGAGAAGGUAGCGAAGUGUUACUGUGUAUAUCAAGUGCGAGUGCGAAGAAA